GGUUUUGUAGUCGUCAUGGGAGAAAGGACACACACGUUAUCAGAACUCCCCCUCCAGCACUGUUGGACAUGGCUAAAUUUGUUAUUCCAAGGUUGUGUUUAAGACUGCAACAACAGUUGAAAGAAUUGGAACCAUAUGCAACAGGUAUGUUUGUGUUUUUAAGGUAUUUUGUAUCGUGGGCCGUAAAGGUAAAUUAAAAAUCCUUUUAAACAUGUUGAGUACAGCUUCACCUCUCUCAAAUAGUAUGCAACUGACUGUUGAAAGUAAUUCCGGUUUCCUCUGCUUUUGUUUUUCAUUUUGGUGUGAUUGGUUCAGAAAACUUGCACCACUUUCUCAAGCGCUCAGAUUCAAAACUGAGACAAUCACAAUCCAGUCACUGGCAUUUUUCUAUGUUAAAGGCAGUUGCUUGUUUUAGUUUCAGUUCUGUUUGGCGUCGUGUAAAGUGAUAUUUUUCUUUUUUCUCUUUAUCAGUUGUGGUUACUAUGGCAUAAUCUUAAGACACUUGGUCUAAGAGAAUGCUGUUAACUUGCAGGAGUACAUGUGUAAGAACAUGUACCAGUGGUGAAGAACAUUGAUGAUAUGACUUUCUUUCUUUUCAGAUACACCAUCUGAUGACAUGAGUGAUGCUGAAGGCCUCUUUCAUUUCCUAGUUCAGUUGUGUGACACGAAUACUAUGAAAAAUGUCACUGCUGAAUCCUUGAUCAUGAAAAUAGUAGAAGUAGAAGGACUAUUUAUGAAGGACUCAAGAUUAUCGUUGACUACGUCUAGGUCACAUCAUGGCAUUGGACUCUCUUCAGUUCACAGAAUGGACAGUUCAGACUCGUUUUCAAGUUUCUUGUCAUCUGACAGUGUUGACGAUGUUGUAAACAAAACAUUUUUGGACUUUUUAAUGGAUUUUGUGACACAAUUUGAAUUUCCACAGAAAGUAGUGACAUUUCUGCUUCAUUUUUUACCAUGUGCUAAAUACAAGGUUAGUAGGGUCUCUUUUUAAUGGUUAAAGUUUCACCUUGAAUUUGACCCUACACCCAUGACCUUGACCUUCUGCCAUGAUUAAAAUACUCUUAAUAUUGCACUCAUCAUUGGUUUUGCAUAUAGGAAGCAUUUACCAGAGUAUUCUGUGAAAAUUAUCAGAAGAUUGCCAAAGCACUGGUUCUGAACAGUGAUUCUAGUGACAGUGUGGACCAAUUGUCAAACCGAGUGGUACAUGUCAGUGUGCAGUUGUUUAGCAACAAAAUCCUGGCAGAGAAAGUUGUUCGGGAGCAGAAUCUUCUUCAUGUAAUGGUCAAAGUGUUGCAUGACAUGGCAAGACCUGCUCUUGUGACUUUUAGAAGAGGAGGUACACCUAUUGCUUUUAGUAGAUACGUGUAUUUCAAACUAGGGUAAAAAAGGAAGCUUGUUGAACAUGAUGGCCCAAAAAGUUCAGCGGCAGAAACAAGAUUGUCAAAGUAUGUGUAGCCCUUUGCACCAUAACAUCAGCAUGCAUAAUCUCCAUAGUAUUUCCUACACAUUUCCUAGGUGGCUGACAAGGAGAAGUUGUGUAGCAUCAAAAGCCUCUUCCGUUGGUGAUCAUUUCGGUUUCCUUAGGGGUGAUAUUGGAGAAACUAGAGACUUGUCACUCUUUGGGGUCAAGGAGUUAACAGAAUUUUUUAUUUAAUUUUUUAUUACAGCAUACAAAUGUGCUUCCUACUGAUGGUUUAUCAUGUAUUGUGAUGUAAAAAUAUUUGCCUAUUGAUAUUUGAACUAAGCUGAUGGGUGCUCAUGAUUGUUACAACUUUAUUGUUGUUUACAGACGCAGCAUCUAAUCAUGAUGUGGUGAACUGCGAAAGUCGUGCUCUGAGCAAUCACUGUUACUGGCCAAUAGUAAGUGACUUCAUCAAUGUUCUAUCCCACAAGACAAUAGCUGAUACAUUCAUGCAGAAUUCUGAACUGAUUAAGAAGUGGAUGAAAUUCAUUGAACAUUUAACUGGUGAGUUGAGGGUUGAUUAUUUACUUCAUUCAAAAUAAGUGGCCAAGAGCAGCUUAUUCCAUUCUCUAGAGCUUGUACAGUAUGUUGUACAAAGUGAUGUAGUUUACUAUGAAUCGCAGGUCAAGAUAAUUUUUUUAACCAGCUUGAUUUGUUUUUACUGUUGCCAGGUAUGUUACCAUAAUCCGUUGAUAAAAGAGAGCACAAAUCAAAUUUGUUUGAAAUCAUUUCAACCCUUUACACCCUAACAUCUGACUUUGCUUUGUCUGAUUCAUUGGAAAGGUGAAUCUCAUAGAUUGUACUGAAUACGAUACCUAAUUGACAAAGUUAUUUUAUUUACAUUUUUCUCUUUGUAGGAAUGAAUGUAAACACCCGUAAACUGCUGACACAUGUUGAGUUUGAACCCAACACAUAUGGAACAGCAUUUGCUGUGGAGCUUGAAGCUGCAUCCUCACCUCUAUGGAGUUUUGUAAAUGCAUGUAUUUCACUGGUAGGUUUUUUACAGAGUGUAAUUGAGGUUUAUAUAGAUGUGAGUUUAACAAAAAGCAAUGUAACACUGCAGGAUGUUCUAUCAGCAUGGGAAUUCUGAGAAAUCUGUGGCUACUAUUGUGAAUUUUUCUAGCUGAAUUUCAAUGGUCUACUGGUGCUAUUUUUAGGUAGAAAAUUGGUGUAUAUUGUCCUGUCACUUUACACUAUUCCCCUGUUACUACAUCCUACCAGGUCAGGUAAAAAGGCACUAGAAUUAAUCAAUUUGGAUACCCUUUUACAUCAGCUUCAUUUCUUCAGUCCUAGAUUGAUAGGGACUGUCAAGGCUGCCUAGUUAGGCCUCUGUAGAUAGAGUGGUUCCUCAUUCUACAGUGUACAUUACAUUUUGUAGUAUCUAGGAACUGUUCAUGUUUGUUGCAUUUGUAUUACUGGAGCUCUUCCUAUAGUAGUUCUUUCAUUUUUGCUUAUAUAGAAAAAAGUACAGUGUGUUCAAAACAUGAUCUAUGGAAGUGUUGAGGCUCUUGAGAGAUGGUACAAGAAAGUGGAUAGCAAGGUCUGUUUGUGUCACUAUAGGUGCUACACAUUGUAAAAUGGCUUAAGAUUUUUUGUUCAAAUAGGCAUCAUGUAACUUUACAUCAGAAUACCCACAUUUAACAAACACCCCCCCCCCUUAGCCUAACUUUCAAGGACUGGUGCAGAUUGUAAAUUUUAAUUGGACUUCAAGGUACUUGUAAAACACUAAAAUUUAAUGAAUACCUUCUAAGAUACAUGAAGAAAGUGGCAAAAAUUCAUGAACAUUUUAGUACAACUUACAGUAGGAGACCUAGGAGUCACUUUUUAGUAAAUGUCAUCAUAAAAAUUGUUCAUGCAUAACAAUGGGGCUUGCCAAAUUGUCAUGGCACUACAUGAGCAUGCCAAGCUUAAGUUACAAACUAAGCCAACUCAGCUCAUGUGCAGUAUGUAAUUAAGUCUUUUUUUAAUUUUGUUUAGCCUCAGCGAGGAGAAGUUACAUUUCAUUUACCUCUCCAUCGUCAUCUUGCUGCAUUUAUUAGCCUGGUAAGGAUAGAACAGUGUUAGUCGAACAAUUAACAAUUGGUUCAUUCAUCAGCGUGCAUUCAUCGAGAUAUGAAGCAUGUGGGAAGUUUGGAGAGCAUGAAAGAUGUGUAAGAGUUGCUUGAGGCAUAGCUGAGAGCAACUCUAGCUUCUUGAGUGCUCUCCAAACUUCCCAAGUGCUUCAUGUCUUGAUGAAUGCACAGCUGACAUAUGAACCAAUUGUUUUAUAACAUUUUCAACCUGAUGGAAAUUUUUUUUUCUCGAGGGAUUUGUUUGCUGACGUCAUGAACGUGCACAAUAGGAAUAUGAAGCACUCUUGCGCAAUUGAAUUUGAUUACACAAAUUUACUGGCUAUGUUAUAAACCCUUCUGAUGCUUGCUGUGUUAUCUUUCAAUUGUGACUCUUUGCUGAUCAUUUUUAACACUUUACAGGCUGUAUCUCAGUUUGAUGUUCCUCUUGAGCAAGUGGUUCCUUCAAGUCACCUGCUGAGGAACAUUUGUGAGGAUCUUUUACAUAUCCAGGUGAGGAUAUUCUUGUAAUAUGAUACAAAAACUCACAAAUUGAAUGUAUGAUAUAUAUGUUGUCUUGUUGAAAGUCUAUUAGUUGAACUGUCGGUCCACUUGUAUCUGUGUGCUGUGUACUCUACUGUACCACUCAAAAGUAGGUUGACAGCCUUGACUCAAAACUUACUCCUUGAAUCCAAUGCUCAAAACUAUCAAGAAUCAAGGCUCGAAUUUCAAGUAUCAAGAAUCAAGAUGCUCAAAGAACUUUUUGAGGAUCUUGAUUGCAGCUUCAAGGAAACAACUUAAUUCUUGCUAGCAGAGCAAUAGCCAAAGACAAAGGGCUUGACAAGUGGCUUUGUGACACAGAAGCUGCUUGCAUGUGUGCAAAUAUUUCCCUUUUUUUGUUGUGGUUGGUUGUGUCUAGCUGUGUGGCUGCCCAUUUACAUGUAUCUGUCAUGAUUUCAGCAUCCCUUACUCCACUGGGCAGUGUGCCCAUCUGUGUGUUCAACUACUUCUGGUCUUAAACAGAAUCAUCUGUUGUUUUACAGGCUGCUAUUUGUGAAAUUCAUGCUGGUAGAUGGGUGCGAAAUGGUUCACAGAUUAGAAGUCAAGUUCGUUUCUAUGAUGACUGCCAUUUCUGCAACUCAAUGCAAGAUUUGGAUAUUUUCAUGUUGCAGGUGAAAGGUCUAAAAUGUAGAGUUCAUGAUGGUUGCUCUUAGUAAAACCAAGCUUGUAAAUUAAUGAUCAAUGAUGAAAGGCUAAAGCAAACAAGGUUUAAUUAUUAUUCCACACAUUUAACUCUACUUUUAGUCCCAGUAAAUGGAAACAUAACAACAACCUCUUUUCAAUAUCAUGGUUUGGCAAUCCAAACAGCAGUCAUCAUCAGGGUCAAGCACAGAAUUCUCUCAACCGUCAAUUGAAAUGGUGAAACCUAUUGAAUGGUUUUUCUAUAAUUUUGUAGGCUUGAGUAACCUUUAACGGUUGGGAUUGAUCAGUUUUUAUUUUUUUAUUCACUUGAAUUGUACCAUUGGUUUUGAUGGUUGUGCCUAUGUUGAAAAGAAGUUUUUUGUAAUCCUCUGUGACACAUAGCUGAUUGCAUUAUUUUGUUUUAACUGAAUUGUGAAUGAGCAUUAUUUAAUCAUUUAGGUCUGUGCUAUGUUUCUGGAUCCUGAAAUUUUUGUGAACAUGAUGAUUGAGAGGUUUGUGCACUGCUUUGUUUAGCAAGUAUAACAGUUACAUUAUAUAUAAUUAUGAUAAGGUAACUGGUAUGAUGAAGUCAUAGAAGGCAACGUAGAGGUGUAAUAGUUAUAUCACAAGGUCUUUCUGUAACAGUCACAGUUAUACAGUUUUCCACCAAGCCAUCUAAUCUGUACUGCAACAAUAUACACAUGGAGACCUGGAUAUUAUCUUGGGUGAAUGUUUGCGUGCAAAUGUUGAACGGAACAAGAAAGAUUUAGUUAUUAAAUUUUUUUGUCUCACUGAUAUAUAUAGUUUUGGCUUGCGACACUGGUUUAAGUUUGGUGUGCCAGCUGUAUCCAGUCCCCCUAGUUUUGAUGUGGACUCCGAAGUAUCGAUGGUUGAGGGAAUGUUAAUGCUGCUCGUCACACUCCUUAGCAAUCGACUACAUUUAGGUAACGAGUCACAAUGAUUGUAAACAGUUAAUGGCACACUAAGCUCUAGAGCUGAUAAAUGAUUGUUCCUGAAUGCUCAUCUCCAGAAUUAUAUCUUAUUUUUACCAUAAUUAAUCACCUCAAGUUUUUUUUUCUAUUUUUGGAGCUGUGGUUAGAUUGCUUAGAAAAAAAAAUGGUUGGCUUCACCACCACAAAUUCACUAUUACCAACGCCUUUUGUUUCGUAGAAUUAUGAACUCAACCUCUGGCUCUCUCAGUUAAUGGACGAUGUAAUUUCAAAUAAAAAAUCAAUCUGAGAGGAAGGAGUUUUCCUCUGAUUGUGGCAACAGACAGUUCUUGAGUAAUAUUUAAGAACUUCAGUAUUAAGUUUUAUGAUAUAGUUUUUAGUAUUUAAGACAACUUUUUGUGCUUUAUUGAAGGGCUUACAGAUCAGGAAAUCUUGCGGAAAGAAAUGGUUGCACAGCUUUGCAUGGGAGAUAAGACCCACAGCCAACUUGUUGAUCUAAUAUCCUUUAACGAAAAAACUUUAAUGAUGCAAUGUAGUUCAACAUGAUUUGCUUGUUCAUGAAAGUUUGAUGUAGACAAUGUUUUCUAUCAAGUGUUGGCUAAAAAAAUCUUAUUAAUCUGUUCCUUGAUCAAACCCUUCUGUUAUAUACCCAGACUUUCACUCAACAAAACAGUGUGAUUGGUUGAUUCUUGGUCACAUGCCCCUGAUCAAAUUCAAAUGUAUCCCGACCGGGAUACAAUUGCGCAGUUGUUGCCCAUGCGCCGAAUACAACAGCAUGUUUUUGCCAUAUGAUCGUUAAGGGAAAGUUUAAAAGCACUUAAUGUAUGGUCCCUCGAGAAACUAGUUAGUUUUGUUUUCCCUCGAGUCCUGGUCUUUCCCAAAACGAAGUCGAGGGAAACGUCAGGACUCUCGGAAAAACAUAGUAACUGUUUCUCCCGGGUCCAUACAUUAAGUGUAUAGUAUAUUAGAUAUUGAUCUUAUUUAAUAUGUAGUUGCCUUAACAGACUUUUACAUCCCAGAUAAACCAGGACAGUCUCACAACACACAAGAUUUUGAGUUAAUACUCAGUGAGGUGUGUAGAUGGUUAGAUUUGGUAAAAUAACUUUCUUUCCUCGCAAGCAGACAGUUGCUUUCAGUGAAUCUAGAAAUCCUGAAAGUUAAAAGGCUAAUGGUUUCUUGUUUAUCAAUAUUUUAGUUGGCAGACUACAAAGCGCCUGGAUUUGAAAGCGGAGCGAUGCAACAAGGGAUCUAUGUACCCAAAGGUACCUCAGAAUAGACACAUUUCAAACACCAGACAUCAUGGUUUAAUGUUAUGAAUUUUACUGUUGGUUCUGUGGGAGACGCAAAGGCGUAAUGGUCCUGGCACAGGACUCUGGGUCUAGAGGUCUGGGUUUAAGACCUGGCCGUGGCACUGACUCUUAUGCAUACCCUUUGUAAAUAUGUAUUUGAAAAACUGACAGCAAACUUACAGAAACUCUGAAAGGCUCAAAAUACAACAAGCAAACAACUAAUAAUACCAUAAACGCACUGACUUUUAUGCACACUCUUUGCAGAUAUGUCUAUGAAAAACUGACAGCCCUCACUUAUUGGGUAUUUAAUCUUGAGGGCACAGAGACUUUCGUAUGACGCGAAUGAAUAUGAAUGAAAGCAGCGCAGUAUAUAUAUAUAUACCGGCUCUCUGCUAAUAAAGAAAUUGUAACGACAUACCAUGCAACACGCCACUCAAUAGGUUACGUAACCCACGAUAAAUUUAUUUACUCUCCCAAUGCCUCCCUCAACCCAGGAGUAUAAACGGGGACUGGGGAAUAGUCAGGGAAACCUGAUAAAAUGCUGAGGGGGACGACCAUGCGAUGGACUAGCACCUGAUACUCGGAAACCGGGAUAAGCUUCGGCUGAAAGGGGCCAAUAGGCUUGAAUACAGACUUUACCUUUUUAACUUUUACCAAGUUCUUUCUCCAAUCUUCACGAGGCUCUGGACGUUUUUCACAUUUACCCGAUUUUUUUUUGUAUUGGCACAAAAGUUUGCACAAUGCAACUGUUGGCAUUGUGUCAGAAAUCAUGGUGCGAAUGUAUGAUACAAGAAAAACUUGAUCCAUCAAGGGUUUUUUUGUUUGUGUGUGAAUGUAAUUUGGCUCAAGUUGCACCCUGUCAUUUUUUCUUUAGAAUCUGUUUGGAAGAAUGACUUUGAUAUUGUCCAUGUGUUACUAAGAGCAGUCCAUCGGCAGCAUGUGCAGUCAGCUAUGCAGCGCUAUCAAGCAAGGUGAUUAUUAUGCUUGACAAGUAGAUGUUUAGGGUCAAAUUUUCGUGCUGGUAUGUAUCUUGUGUGCAGUUUGAUAUCCGAGGUUUUGAUUUGCUGUCUCUUAAUCAUUCUUAAAUGUAAUGCAAAGCAGAAACUCGUUUAAAUUUUGCUUCGGUUAUCGAGGGCAGUGUUAAGUCGAUUAAAUACGUUAUGGGGAAUUGUCACAGUCUGGAAGAUUUUACAACUGCUGGUGUGUUUCCCAUCGUGGCCAUGUUCUCUCUUAUUCACUCCCUGUUUCAGAGUUUGUUGAUAUUAACUUAGGUUUUUGUUGUUGAAUUUAUUCCAGUGCUUGUAAGAAUGACCAGUCUCAGAAAGGAGGCCUGUGGUUUCCAUUUCAGCCUCUAAAACCGCUAAGUGAGAAAUUUCGUGGCUUGCUGAAGAUCCUCUUGUCUAAGACAUUGCAUGGAGUCCUGUUUUUUAUAUUCCACAAGGUAAUCCAAAUGUAUAAUUUUUCAGCAGUAGCUUUCAAUUAUUUGUAGAAAGAUUCUUAAAAGUUUCUCUUGGUUUCUCUUUGGUUCACUUUUAGGCCACAAAUGAUAUAAAUUCCUUGGGAGAAGCUCUGUAUUUUGCAGUUUAUUUGACAAAAGUGGCAGUUAUGGAAAGCCCUAAGCUGCACUCAGAUCUGGUAAGCAAUUUUGAAAUUGUACCUUUGAUACGUAUUGUCAAGGUUUUAACUCUUGAUUUAUCUGAAUUUCCUUUACAAGUCUAUGUUUCAGUUCUUCUUGUUUUUGGAUCAAAAAAGCUCAAUUUAAAAUAGGUAGAUUAUGAGUGUACUUAUUCUACAACCAUAAAUAGUUUUUCGUUUUUUUGGUUUUCAGUACGAUUUGAAGUUUGAAUAGUUAUGUACGAAUACUUGCUAGGAGUGUUGGAUAGAAAUGACCGUAGAUAAACAGUUGUAACCAAACAAAAUUAUGUAUGUGGUAGCUUUAAGUCUUUAAUGAUUCUGAAGAAAAAGAGAACUAGGGGUUAUCGAUGAUUAUCACUGUACACUGAUGUGACAUAUCUACUGUAUCCAUCAGAGCUCUCUACCUUACUCAAGUGUAGAUGUUAAAUCCAGGGAUAUUGGAUGCAUAAUUGUUGAUCGCUGCAUCGACUUUCUUGACACAUACGGUUUGUUUUUAAUGACUAUUUUUUUAUUUUUUGUUUGAAAACGUAAAUUUUUGACGUUUCGAGCGUUAGCCCUUCGUCAGAGCGAUGGAAUCGCAGCAAUCGCUCUGACGAAGGGUCAUCGAAACGUCUUUUUUUGUUCAUCGGUUAACACUAAAUUCUCCCACCGACGCAGCACCACAGUUUCUUUAGAAACUUACCCCUUUAUUUUUAUUAUUGUUUUUUCUCUCCAAUUAGUCUUCGCUUUGUUCAUCAGAUUAUGAUUUGUUAUUUUAUUUUCAAUCAAAUUUAACCGGAGAAUGAAUCAGGAGACUUCGCAUGAUUUUCAUUUUUACGUGACCUAAGGGGCUGUUGUCCAGAAGAAUUAUCCCUUUACACCCCAACAUCAGUAUGCAUAUUCUCCAAACUGUUCUCUAUGCAGUUCUUAGGGUGCUGACAAGGAGAAUUUGUUCAACAAUCCAGAGCUUCUUUAGUUGGUGAUCAUUUCCUUUAUUCUUGUGACCUUAAUGUUUGAUACAGGGAUGGUAUUGUUGGGAGAAAUUUGAUGCUGGUCACUCCUAGGGUUCAAAGGGUUACAUGAAAAGUGGUUUUUUUCGUUACAGGGAAGGAUGUGAAAGAUCUACACCAGAUUAGUCCUCAUCACUGUUUGAAUAAAGAACUUCUACUCCGAUUACAACAAGGUACGUGUGUUAGUUAACUUUUCACAAGUCUGAAAUUUCUUUAAAUCUUACCUGGACACUGUUUUCUUCAGUGGAAUCAGGUCCAGAUUCUCUUAUCUGGACUAGUGCCGAUACUAGCUGGAGAAGGCAUCUUUUCCUUGCUCAUUUGCUUGUUUGUUCGUUUGUUUUUGUAUUUUUUUUGCGUUAUACCAUUAUGAUCAGUAGUUUUCAAAUUACUCCACAUUGAACGUAAUUAUAAUUACAUGUUGUGGCUGGUAAUUACGCCUCUUCAGACAAUUGGCAUAAAACCGAGUAAUUUCCUCAGACUUUCUUCGGCUAGUUCAUUCUAAUGGAGUCGUACAGCGUAGAUAAGCAAGUGACGAAGGUACAGGAAAAUACCUUACUGAUUGUCAUGCUUCGCCACAUUUUGAUCGACAACGCAUUGAAGGGAAAAGUAAAUGCGCCAAGUUCCGGAUCUAGAUUUCUAGGUUUAUGCCCUGUCCCAGUUAUUGAGUGUUGUUUACACUGAGCCUCCCUCUGCCUGAGAUCAGAGUUACAAAUUCUGAGGGAAGUGAGGGUUGCCAAGGAUCACCUGCGAUCCAUAAGCAUUCUUCGUACUUGUAGGAGGAGUUAGGAAUACUCCAAUUUGUUACAUGACACAAAGACCGAGAGAAGCGCCAGCAGUUUACACUACUAAUCUCAAACGACCUGAAGGAAGCCGUAAUCGAAACCUUUUUUCUUCUUCUUCAGACCCAUUUGCUCCUUUCCGUCCAGAGACAGAUUCUCCGCAUCACGUGUGUGCUGUUAUGGCUGAUGUGCUGCACAGUCAUCACCUUAUGAAACCUCCAUUGUUUGAGCCGUUCCUUCCUUUCAUGAAUGGCGUGCUCAAUAGCGCUCUCCGUAAGUAUGCGACCACUGAUCGCUAACAAAUCAAUUUUAACAAGAUUUCUUUGAGUAUUUAGAAUAAUAAGGAUGAUGAACUUUGAGUUUGGUGAUGAAAUAAAAGAGAAUGUUGUUUGGUCUUGUCACUAGCAUGGGACGCCACAGAGAUCGGUAGCUAACCACGAGAAUGACUUAAACCGUGUCGAUUAUUUGAUUGCAGAAAACCAAAGUAGUACCUUAGAAAAGAUAGCCCAGUUACAACACAUUCAGUUUUUAAUAGAACAACAACCAGUUCAAAGACGGAAUCUCAUCACAAAACUAACCAGACAUCUUGUGAGGUAACUUUGACUGAGAACGAAAUAAAUCUGUAGAGCAGGUUUGGUUUGUUUUGGGGGAAGAUUGGACGAAUUCAUUGGGUGAAAACGCCGAUUCAUCUAAGCUGUACGAUGUACGUUUUCUCAACUUGUACACUUUUCGGUUUCAAUGAGGGAAGAUGUUGAACUUUUGUCUCGAGCGCGAGUCAAAGAAACAUGUGAGUUCCUCGGGCUGAUUCGAACCUUCAAGUAAGUUCUGAUUUCGCAUUCUGAAGCUCUGCAACUGAGCUACAGAGAAUUCUUUUAUCGCGUUCAUCGCGCUUACACCUUAGAAUUGCCACUUUAAGGCUUUCUCUACACCACGUUAAUGACUAAAAACAAGAGAUUACACAGCUGAUAAUCUCUUGCCACCCCACCCCUCCCCCUAGAGAAGAGGGGGUGGGGUGGGGUGGGUGGAAGUUAAGGAUGAAACCGGGUAAUGACUGUGACUUUGUAUGACAAUUUCUCUUCAAUUUUUUUCACUUGCGUCACGCUUACAUGUAUUUUGUUUGAAUUUUUUUAGUGUAUCGGAAAGGCUCAACAUACCAUCUAAAAAUUUGGCUCUUGCAAGUGACGAAAACCAGGUAAGAGUUUGUUUUCUGUAAUAACUCGCAUGUUGCGGAACCAACAAACCACCGCCAGUUGUUCUCUUAACAUGUAAUUGAUGUUUUUAGCCCUUAGAGCUUUCCAUGCUGCUGAUGUAUCUGAACAAAUACCACCAGUGGCUUUUCAGGGUAAGAAGAGUGUUUCAAUUAAUUUGCUAGUACUAUUGUUGACUGAUUAGAGCGAUGCUUUUCCGUUGUUGUCAGUCGUAGGGACCUUUACAAUUUACGACGAGUACGACUGCGGAUUUCAGACUUUCCGAUAGGUGGAAGAGUGGGUGCGUGCGAAGGUGCGCUAAUAUGGCGGGAAAAACGCGGUAGCCGCCAACAUUAUUUCGAAGGGACAAACCCAAAAUACCGAUGCGAUCGCAGUUUUUAGUUUUCCAAUCAGGGAAAGGUUGAAUUACUUCCCAUAAUGAUAUCUAUGCAAGUUUUGUGGCUUAUGAGGAGUACGAUGGAGCCUCGUGAGUCGUAUAUUUUCCAAGUAUUGGGCAAAAAAAACGAAUUCAAAUCUCAUACUCGCAGUGACACAGGUCCUAGAAUCUAAAAAUAUCUGAUUUGUUUUUCUUUGUUAAUUUAUGAAAUCUUUGAAGAUUAGUCCAAGCUGAUUGAGGCAUGUCGGCCCAUCUGAUAAUUUUUGUCUCCUUGCCUCGUUUCUCUUCUAGAAUCAUCACACUCCUGCAGGAUGGCCAAAGACUGUCAGUGAUUUGAGUUUUAAUUCAAGUAGCAUGGUGGUAAAUAUUCGUCACGUGGUUCAACCAGUACAAGAACCAAUGGAUACAAGCGAUGAUGCUGGUGUGUUCAGUGUAGAAUUGCAAAACAGUUUAUCUUUAAUACAUAAAUUCUUAAAGGCGAUUUCUUUUUUUUUUUUUUUUUUGUCGGCAGACCUUGAGAACAGGCAUACCAACCCCCCUGCACCGCAGCCGACCAAGGGUGGCGUACAAGAUUCGCUUGAGCUUUUGUCAAUCGAGGCAGAAGAGAGAAGUGGUAUGACGAUUGCAAAUACAGCGUCAUUUAAAGGCCUGGUGCAACAGUUCAUGGAUGUAACCAAUUCAAGUGAAGGUAGUGGUUUGCGUACCAGAGUAGCACUUAUUUAGAGAGAGCUCGAAUCAUUCUUACAUUCUCUUUGGUUUCUAAUAAAACAUGCACUUUUUCAGGUAGAGAAUGCAAAGCUGGGGUGUUUUGAGUUUUGUUUGAAAUUACGUUUACAAGUGACAAUACCACGUUCUCUCUUUUAUUAGUUACUGCAAUAAAUCUCCUUAAAGCCUGCAGAGGAAACCUGGAGAUGGCUAUGGAGUUACAUUUCAGCAAACAAGAAGCCAUGCCUGAUUUGGAGGAGGCAGUUGGUGAUGUUGCUAUGGAGACGAGUUCUUGCACGAUGACGUCUUCUGGUGCAACCGUGGGGACCCAUGGCAAGUUUGAGGAUUCGAGUUCGUGUUCGGCAGAGGGAAUUAACGAAAGCAUUUUAAGCUUGUUGGUGAAGCUGUUAUCCGCCAAGUCUACCAGUUCGACACCACCAGGAAGGUUGGUGAAACUUCGUUUGUAAUAUGACAACUGUGGAGAAUCCCGUCUAUUCUUUUACUCACAGAUCUGUUAAACAAGAGGUCUCCACUUCCCCAAACAACAUCAAUACGUUAUUCAGCCAAAAGGUCAAUUAGGUUUUUUUAAUGUUCACGAUGGGAAAAAUUUCCAAAUUCAAGAGAGAGUGGUGGAUGUGGCAGAUGAUAAGGCAAGGUACUCACCAAUUUUUUCGGUUUAAAAAACUCGUGAGAGCACAACUCUUACACGCCUAUUUGCGAGGACUGGCGUUUUCGCGUUUCGCCUCGUUUAAGACUGGAUGCGUUAGACUGUCAUAAUGUAAAAAAUUUCAAAUCUUUGAUUGGAACUCUUGUUUUCCACAACUAAAGGAGUCCAGCGUGUGCUGACGAUGUGCACUACUUGUCAGACCUGUUAGCCGUGAUCAGCAGGUCCAGUCCCGAGAAUGCUGCAGUACUGCGCAAGCUUCAACCCCAAGCCUCACAAGUGAGCCCCGGUCCUUCCUCCCCUGAUAGUGGUAUGGACAAUCCUGUAGCCAGGACCAUGCGCAAGUAUGUGUGAGAGAAACUUCUCUGUGCGUUUCAGAGCGUGUUUCGAUUGAGUGUCAUCAAACCAAAUCCAAAAUAAUCACAACGCCAUGACCAAGUCACCACUGGUUCAAGUUUUAAAUCUGAUUGGCUGAGAGGAUGGCACGAGUUUUCUGGACCAAUCAAUCAAAAGCAAAUGAAAGGAAAAUUAAAGCAUUCCCCGGAGUACAAUCGACAAUCGAUUGAAAAUUUCUCCUCAGGGAAAUUGUGGUCUGUUGCCCUGUUUUGCCUAUUUCAGCAGCUUUAUUGCCUUACUUAUGAGAUCCAAUAUUAACGCUUCUGCUUAUCGCGCUGGCUCAAGUGCUAAACUCGUAAACUAGCCCUUGCUUUAAAACUACCGAAACUGUUUAGAAAUGUUUAGAUGUGAAAAGAAAUAUUAUUUUACUCUGUAAACCCUGUUUCUUCUUCAGACGACAGCUCGCCAGGGAACGCCAGCAGAAGCUUUUAGCUGAGUUUGCUUCCAAGCAGAAAAUUUUUAUGGAGAAAACCCUGAAGAAAGACCUAGGUAUGCCUCGCUUAAACUUAAGAAAAUACAGUCUUUUUCAAGGAAAUGUCUGCGCUGUGGUCUUGCAAGUAGAACUACGCAAAGAUUUUUAAUCUUUUAUGAAAUGAAAUUGGCAAGAGUUCACAUUACUGAGCGCUUGAGUUAAAGAACCUCGUUAGGGUACACGGUACUGAUUUUGGCCACUGUAGCAACAACAGCAACACCAAGUACAAUGGCAACAAUAACAUCAAACAAAUGGUUUGUUGGAGCUACCCGCGGGUCCAUUGCAAUGCUAUGUUUUGUUCAUGCAGUUAAACGCUGUACUUAAAGUUUCUUUCUCAGUCGCCCUAGAUGCUGCAGAUGGUAUGCCCAGCGAAAAAGCGGAAGACUUUUUGGAUUGUGUUAUCUGUGGACAAGCAUCCACAUCCACGGAGGAUAGGCCUAUUGGACUGGUGACCCUUUUGCAACCCAGUGCAGGUAAUCAGAUUUGCUUGUUUUCGCGAACCUGAACUGAACCUUAGUUACACCACUGACUGCAGGAAAAUGAGAAAUAACCAGAAGAAAGAGUUACAUAAGGGAUCUUUUGUGUUUAAUUACUUCCUAACGUUUUCACCUUUGUCUUUUUUUUUUCUUCUCUGAAUGCAAGAGGCAGGAAAGUUGUCUGGAGUAUAGAAUAUGCCAUGACCUUACUAAGAUUUCCAAAUGCAUUUAAAAGUCUUUAUUAAGUUUCCUAAUCGAGGUGUAAGUAUUUAGUAGAAAUAGAGAGAUGAGCGAGUUGUCGAGUAUUUUUUCCCUUUACCACAGUGCUAAAACACAGAGCUCAUCAUGUAAGACACACCCAGCUACCGCUGAACCGUGAGGAGGAGGAGAGUCGUGUCAUUAAUUGUGAGACAACCUUCAGGAACAGAUUUGAAGAUCUGAGGAGAUGCUUUGAUUUGGUACGAUUUGCUCUCAAUAAGGAGCUGGAACAUAAGGUGCCAAGGCGCGGCAACAAGUCUCUGCCGGAGACAAGGUGCCCCUUGUAAAUGAUUUCCAAAACAUGUCGGCAACAAAGUUAAACUUUCAAUGCAAAUUGAAACAUAGAAUCUGUGUGACGGUGGUUCACGAAGACAAAGGUUUUGGACCAACAUUAUAGAGCGACUUGCCUUUUGUCUCGACCCUUAGACAAGCCUGUUUAGUGACGGGUUCAAUUAAAUUGGACCAACGUUAUUACGUCACUGCAAGCAACAUUGCAUACAAGAACAUGAGUGACGGGUUCAAUCUUGGACCAACGUUAUAACAUCGGGCUCAAUCCUGGACCAACGUUAUAACAUCGUUGCAAGCAACAUUGAGUACAAGAACUUUCUUACACAAUCAGUGCAAAUGUGAAGCGAGAAACUGGGUGGCUGUUCCUAAGCACGAGAACAUAAUAAAAACGUUGAUUAUUAAGUGAGAAAGUGCAGCCAAUACCAGGCGUGAUAUGAAAUGCAACGUGUAGCCAGUUACAAUUUAGACGUGUUAGGCGGCCUGGUCAAGCGCGAGAAAACACGUGGUUCUACCAGGCACGUGACAAAAAAAACUGCAGCCUUUCAAAAUGCGGAGAACACGCGUCACUCUUUAGAGCGGGAAAAGCAAUUAACCUGUUUUUAGUUCAGGAAAGUGUCCAAAGGUGUUAAAUUGCAUUGAUGUUUUUUUGUUGGAAAAUAGGCUUACUGUUACAAUUGCUUGUCUCCUUUAGAUUACCGUAGGCUAGAAACAAAACAUCUUGUUCUCUUUUCAUCGAUGUUUCUCGAGUUAAAAUUUUUCCAUUUUAAUUUAGAUACCAAGCAUGGAUGCAUCUGCCAGUGGAACAGAAGGAGGGGUGCAUAUUCAAUCUUGCGGUCAUCUCCUUCAUGUUGACUGUCACCAAUCGUAUCUAAAAUCUCUUCAGGUACAGAGUGGAAUAAGUCAACUUUUGAAUGCGCAGCCUUACUUUUUUGGAGAGAACAACCAAAAAAAUCAUUCAAACCGCGGAUUCAUAUUUAUAAUGUUAAGUUAUAUUGAAACCUCUGUACACGGGAGUAUUUCUUACAUAGAUACCUUUAGUUUAUAUUUGCAAUACUUAAUUGUUUAUAGUGUGCUAAGUGCGGAAAGUCUGCUGAUGCAAUUGAACUUCUCUUGCAGGAGGAGGAUGCUAACCAGCUUUACCACGUGCAGCCGUUCAACCCAAGAAAUGGGGAAUUCACUUGUCCUUUGUGCCGACAGCUUGGUAACUCUGUGCUUCCUGUUGUACCGUCGCACAUUAUCCCGGAUGGAAAGACGUCAUCUAAGGUCAGUCAUGGUGUACUUUACCUACGCCUUGUUGGUUUGACCACUUCCUCCCGUACUUUUCAUAGGAAGAUUUUGGUAUAAAUUUGCAGUUUGAAUAACUUGUCGUGGAAAGAAUGAGCGGAUAAUAGGGCCAUAUCCGAUUUCUGUGUCUUUGCGCGUCUGAGAAAGAAAUGUGUCCCACUGAAGUGUCUCUCAGUUUCGCUCAUCAGAAUGAUCAUACAUCUGGCUUUCAUCCGCAGAUUACCUUAAGCGCUUUCGCAACUGAUUGCUGAUCGAAAAUUCUCACAACUUCUUCUGUAUUGGCUAGUAUCGAUAACAUUGCCGUUUUCCCCUUAGUUGAGUUUUCCUUUGUUUGCAUUACUAUCUUGAAUAUAACUAAGCAGCGAUUAUUCUAUGGUACCAUUCAAGCAAUAGAUGUUUCUCUGUAAACCUUUCUUAAGUUGACCAAGAUUUGUUUCAAGUCCACGUUCAGUUAACUUUCUUAUCUUUUUAGACUACCGUGAAGAGUCACACAGAACAGACAAGUGACUUACAUGCAGUCCUGAGGAAAUUCAAGCUUCAUGUAAGAAAAUUUAAGCAAUACUAAACCAGUUCCUCUCAACCCUUUAACUCCUAGAAGUGAACUCAAACUUAUCGGAUACAAGAUAUUAUCUUGAUUGAAUACCAAAUUCUCGGAACCGAUUUACAAGGAAAUGUGUAGCAGCUAGAGGAGAGAAUGAACAAUCAGAUCUUGGGAGUUAAAUGGUUAGGAAGCUCAUAUUUUUCUUUUAGUGGGAGAAGAGGAAACUCGCACCACCUUUCCAAACCAAUCAGAUAGGAAGCAAAACCAAGUCGUGACGUGGUCACUCAUGUUCUCCCACGCUUCCGAUAUUUUGCUUAUUUUUACCUUGGUCUCUUUUAGCUCCUUUUGAUGUCUAUAUUUUAGUCUUAUUAGCAAAUUAUUAAUUAAUUGUUAUGCUUGCUUUGUGAUCCGACAGACUAUUACGAAACUAACAGCCAGUGCACUUAACUUUAAUGUGCUCGGUGCAGCCAUCAAGGCAGUUGUAGAAUCAGUGUCUGCUCUGGACGGAGAAAGCUUCAGGUGUUCAGUUGAGAGAAAGUUUAGCCUGCUGUACAGAAUGGCCAGGUAUGCGAGCAAACUACUUGAUUUAAAAAAAAAAAAACAUCCAGUAGCGUGUAUCUUGAAGAUUUACGCAGGAAUUUUUUAAUUAUUGGCAACCCGUUCUAAUCAUAUCUCUUCUUUGCCAUCCAUAAAUCAACUGCCCUGCACAGUUAGGGAUUAGGCCAGUGUAUCUUAUUUGGGGCUGCUACGAGUAUUGCUUUCCCUUCCAAAAUCGCUGUACCCAUCAUCGCCUUUUGUUUUUCCUUUUUGUUACCGAAGUACUCAAAUACCAGGUUUACAUAUCGCUCUUUUAUGGUUCACAGGACAAAUUUAGAAUUAGAGCAAGUGGAUAAAGUCGCAAGGAAACUUUCAAGUCCAAGGAAAUCAUGUUUUGGUGAGUACUCUGAUGCUACUGUAUGUGAAACUUUGACCAUGAAAGGGUUGUGACGAUCUUUAAAUUUUCUCUAUCUGGGAUCAAUUCUUUCCUUGCCAUCCAAGCGGAACUCACGUAGUAAAAGACUCAAAGAACUUGGAUACCAAUUUCUAACGAAUGUUAAUUAUUACUGUGAGGCUUUCGAUGUCUCUCAUAAUGACGGUCAUUUUCUUCCUCUUUUAUCCUUGUUUCGUGCACUGUUUAGGUCCACUCAUGCGUGCUUUCCAGUUUCAUUCCCAAACACUUGUGGGUCCUUUGUUGUCUGUGUGGUCAGAUCUGACUGGUACUGAAGACCUCAAAGAGUCGUCUUCCAGGUGAGAUUCAAGCGCAUUUCUCUGUAAUUGAAGCUAAUUAUAAAAUGAAACUUCCAACGGGGAAACAAUAUGGUUUAAGCUCCAUCUAUACUGUGCGUGAUAAAUUUGAAACGGCGUUUUUAGUUCUGCAAACACAACAAAAUAUUACCGUCUGCACGUGGCCGUAUGAGUUUGAAAUUGCAACAGUCACAAGCGGUAGAACCGCUAAAAAAGUGAAAGACCAGUAUUAGGGAGGCGUGCAUUUGCAAAAAGUUCUGUUUUCAGUCCAGAUUAGUACAGCUGACAGGCUUAACCGUAUAAAUUAAUUUGCAGGCGUUGUAGAGUGGAAGAUGGUGAAAAUAUUUUGCUUUGUUUUGUUUUAGACGAAAACGGACACCUUUGAUUACACAUUAGUGUGGUCGGGGCCUCAGAGUGGACAGGUCAUACGCACAACCCAAAAUGGUGCCUAGCGGGCACAGAUAAUUUUGAAAAAUCUCAACACUGGUUAUGCUUGCUUUUCGUUUAUUUGUGAGCAAAAUAUUAUGAGUAAAUUGACGCGUAAUUAUUAAAAAACAUAAUACUGCAUUCUAAAUCUAAGUUGGGAUAAAGUUAAGUUGUUGUCUUAUUUCAGUGGCACAAUCAGUUUCCAGGAGUGUCCUCUUCUCUUGAGAGAUGCGCCCUCACUGUUGAUCCAGAUGAUGUUGUCAUGGCCGGCACCGCUUUCACACCGUAAGUACAGUAUGUUUUCCUCGGCUUAGUAUCAUCAGAAUUGCCAUUUUGGUAGUGCUUUACUUACCAAAAACUAACGUUCUGUAUGGUUUGAUGCAAAGUGUCAGAAGGAAAUGACAUGACCUCCAAUCAUUUUUUUGAUAUUCAUAAAAAAAUAAAAAAAAAUUUUAUUUUGGCUCUUUGAUGUAAUUUAUUCUAGGAGUCGGUUCUAACAGUGAUCUGUUAUUGUUGGUUAUUUUCUCCAAUCGCCGUAUCGUGUUUUAUUUCAGGUGACUUCAUGUGCUUUGUACAGCUGAUAUUUAAUUUGGUGUUUACGCAGGUGAGAAACUCAACCUCUUCUGUGAGAUACUAGAUACUAUAUGUGGAUAAUUGAAUUAUUCACUUACCCUGAACAGAUUCGGCCUUCUCUUGUCCAGAUUUUACCUAAAAGAGCAUUCGUUUUAUAUACAUGUUUGUAUAUAUAUAUUUAUUUUUUUCAGGCUCUAGUUGAGACUUGUUGUAAGUUUGUCGGAGAUGAAAAACUCUCGUGGCAAGACUUAGGAAGGAAAGCAGCAUCACAGGUAAACAAAAAUCGUAACAAUUUGCCCGCCAGGGUCGUUUAGAAGGCUUUUUUUCGCAAUGACAAAUAUCAUACUAAAAGUGCAUCCUAAGAACUGUCCAGUCGAUAUCUUCAUUGUGUGUGCCGAUGGAAGGCUUAUAACGCAAAUGCAGAAGUCUCUAGGAGGAUCUUUGAAUUUUUUAAUUGACUGGUAAUGUUUGCUAUCUUUUACUAAUUAUGAUGGCCAAGAAUUUUUACUUCUUGUUAAAGGUAGAAAGAGGUCCAAAUUCGGAGUUACGACGUAAACGAGUAGAUAAGAGGAAAUGAACAACAGAUCGGCAGAGGACGACUAAAAGGGGGAUUUUCCCCAACUACAAGCCCAGUUGCAAAGAACGAAUUCGGCCAGAAAAUUUUAACCGUUUUAUUUUGGAAAAAGAGCUGCCUGGUGACCGGUCACUUUCGAUCUACGAGUAAUCCAGAUUGUUUAAUCAGUUAUUUUUUUUUUCAACUUCAUUUAGGAAAUUGUUCAGGGCCAAUUAUCUGCCGAUCUUUUAUUGGGGUAUGUUUGCCGUAUGCUUAGUACCAGUACCUUGAUCAAGGAGGAUCAUCACACCGGAGGGGUAAGUUAUCUCUGUCGCCUCUUCCCUCCCUCACCACACAAGUAUUAAAGAUUUAGAGACAUCCAUGCCCUCCCCCCCCCGUUAUAGCGAGUGAAAUGGCUCUUAUGAAACCCUACUUAGUUGUUUCACGUUACUGAGAAGUAAGGUAAUUUUAUUCACCAAGUUAUUUCGCUUUUAACUUCAUAAACAUCCUCUCAUAGAUCAUUGGUUUUUUUCCCUUCGUAGAUCUCACAGUCGGUAUGGUCCCCACAUACUGUGGAGCGUUCCCUACAAGACUUGUGUUUGGGGUUCUUGCGGUCGGCAAACGCGAUGGCGGCCCUGUGCUUUGGUGUGGAGGUACCGCAAGUUCAGGUAAGUGUGUUUUCAUUCAUUGAGUGUUUACACUGAGGCCUAGUUGUAUAAAGAGCGAAUCACGCUAUCUAACGGAUAAAUCGCUCUCCAGCGGAUAAAUGCUAACAAAACGCGCUCUGUUAUCCACUGGAUACAGAUUUAUCCAUUAAAUAGCGUUUUCCAACCUUCGAACAACAGGGGCCAGUUCUCUGGGUUGUAACCAGUUUUGCAAAUAAUUUCAUGGGAUUUCUUGUAUUGCAUCUUUACUUUCGAUAUUCAUCCUCCUGGUUCCGGUUGUUCAAAGGGUUGAUAACGCUUUCUGGUAGAUAGUGCAGUGUAUUUUCUUCACACAUUCGCUGGAUGGCGAUUUAUGUGCUGGAUAGCGUUAUCUGCCCUUUAACCAACUGGACCUGUUGUUUAGUUACUUUCCUCGAUGAUCCUUUGUGAGUAUAGUAAAGUUUAUUUCGUAAAGGAGUUGGUAUCCUUACACAGCAAAUCCAGUCAAGGAAGCGUAUUUUAUUUAUUUAUUUUAUUAUUAUUAUUUAUUUUAGGACACUGAUGCUGAAUUCCGUGCACUGGCCUCGAGCCUGGGUUUAUGUGAUCCAUCUAGUAAUAGUCGAACCGAGUCCUUCUCGUGUGUAGAUUGCCUAAAGUGGCCUCAUUCCAAGCCUCGGAAAGUGAUACGACGAUGGUGUGAUGCUCUGCUGCUGUGUUUCACGCAGCGAAAGGCCAAGCUGAACAGAGUGAGUUUGCUGAUUGAUAAAUAAAAUUCGUCAAGGAUGUAUUUGACAAUAGCUUUCAUUAGCAAAAUUGAAUUAUAAUUAAACUUUGUGCUGUUAUAUCCACGUGGAGAUGGGAAUAUAUUUAGCGGUGAUAGACCAAGGUUUGUAUUCAGUUUCGCGUGGACGGAGUAUUUUCACAUAGCAAAACUUACUGCUUGUUAUAUCUGUAGGAACUUCUUCCCAACUUGAGUCAGUGGCCGCCGCCCAGACUACUUCAGCUACCUGAGCGAUACGACAGGUAAGUGACCAAACUGAGGUAAACUAGGUUUCUCAUCACCCAAAUAUCAAGGGCUUCUAGGACAGCAAGUGAUUAUAUCUGAGGAGUUUACUGUUUUGGAGAAGAAGGGAACAGGGUUCCCUAACUAAAGCCUGUAUGCGACACCUUUAAUGUACUUCCUUCCUUUCUAAAGUACGAAUAUAAGUUCUUUUGUCUCUUGCUAAAUAGUUUGAUCCAGCAUUACCGGAAGCGGAAAUGCACCAAGUGUGGCAGCGCUCCAGAUGAUCCUGCAGUAUGUUUGGUGUGCGGUAAAUUCAAUUGUCUCCAAGGAAGUUGUUGUGUUGACGGGACAGGCACAACAGAUAAGUAUGAAUGCAUACAGGUUAGAAACGAGGUUCUGUCACUGAUUUUACGCAACCGCUAGCUUUCAUUCACUAUCGGUUCUCACGUGUUUCGUCUCUUUGUCUCGCGAGCUCAAGGAUUUGCAAUUAUGAUAUCAAUAGAGAGACUUUUUGCUUACUUUACGUAACGACGAAUAACUGUUGUCAACCGUUCUUGUUCCUUGAUUUUUCGGCAGUUUAAUCGCCUAGUUUGAGGCUCAUUUCGAGAGUAUCUACGACCUCUGAGCAGUCUAAGCCCUUUGGGUGUGGCAUGUAUUGUUUUUGUGACUCCGCCUAUACACUUCAUUCUUGACCGAAUUUUAUAUUACUUUGUUAAUUUUAUGCUUUUCAUUUGUUAGCAUGCCUUGAAUUGCGGGAGAGGGACUGGGAUUUUCCUGAUCGUGCUCUCUUCAGUGAUUAUUAUAAUCAGAGCUGAUCGGGUCUGUAUCUGGGGCUCAGUCUACCUCGAUAGCUUUGGCGAGGAGGACCGGGAUUUAAGGUAUGGUGGAGUAAUCAGAGCGCUUGUCACUCGAUUGAUGAUUAAUAUGAAUUUGAUAUAAAUUUUAGAAUGGGAUCUUAGAUGCAGCACAUCCACGAGGUGGUUUAACGUCCACUGUUGUGUUCGACUUGAACUCUGAGAUUUUGUUUUUGUGAAGGCAGAAAAAAUCCAAAGAAACCGCAGAAAAAAUUAUUGCGUAAGGACAAAAAUCAAUAAGGCUCGAGCCACAUGUGACGCCAGCUCCGUGCAUUUAACCCAGGCCCCAGCGGAGGGGAGAGAAAUACUUUCCUCACUACUACAUCCUUCUCCUUCCCAGUGUGUGAAAUGUCUCGUUUACCAUUAUUUAAUCUCUUCGACAGGCGAGGGAAACCUCUGUUUUUGAGUCAGGAUCGUUUCAAUAGACUUGAAGAGCAGUGGCUCACGCAUAGCUUCGAUUACAUGUGCAAGAGAUGGAAACGUCAUAUGAACACUUUGUAGAUGUACAAGUUCACCACACGCACCAAACCAUGGAAAUCGGAUGACUUCAGACGUAGUUAGGGUUCCGGCCCAGUGUAUUGAGUUCAGGCGCAGUCUUGCGCUGGGACGCUAUCAAUUCAGGAAGCAGUCUAUUAUGUUAAGACGCAGUUAAUUUCGCUACACGGCUUUUCAUUUAGACGAAGUCUUCUAGGUCCAGGUUACGACGCGUAUUUACAGUCUGGAGGUUCAAUAACCGCCCUAGUAAUACAUUGGUUCUACGACAAUUUGCGGGGAAAGCAAAACUUUUAAAGAAACCAAGGACCCAUAGAAGAAAUAAAAUUAUAUAUCGAAAUUUGUCCAUCUAAAGAGAUUCUUGUUCUCGAAUCUCUUUAGACGAAUUAAGAGGAAAGUGAAUUUUUCUCUGCUGUGGUACAGGUAAUGUUCAUUAUAUUGCAUUUAUUUAUUUAUCAUGUGGUAAUAAUUAUUUUUAUGUAUAGCAACAGUUAGAUGGGAAGUAGUAAAAUUUUUUUCAGAAAUAUCUCGUCUUAUCAGACGCGAACAGAUGUUCAUGUAGUUUUAGAUUAAUAAGGGGGGCAUGAGCUCUUUCACUCCGAGGGGUGACCAGGAAGGGAUUUCUUCUUACAACAUGAAUGGAUUUUCAAGUAGAAAGGUGACCGUUUGAUAUAACUUUAAAUUCUGAGAACUGAGGUGAAGAAACGUUUGGAAGACAGUGUGCACAAUCGAUAUUUGUAUCGUGAAAGUGUCAACGGAGCUCUGUCUGUGUUUGUACGUCUUCCAAAACUUGGCCUUAAGUUGUCAAAUUUCACGGUGAUUAUUGUGCAAUCUGUGGUGUUCUUGCUUUCCCAAAUUUGUUUCGUUUCAUCUUGGUACAUUUCCAUCCCCUAAAGGCGAACGUUUAUUUUUAAGGCUUAUUAUAAUCAAAUACAAUUUCCUUUGACGCAAAGAAUGUCACAAAGCUCCUCCUGAAAUUAGCUCACUAUAAACAGACUUGUCGAGUUCAUCGGUUGGGUUCAUCUGUAAGGAUUUUGUGUUUUGUAUUAACUGGGAAACACUAAAUUUUCUUUAGAAUGUAGCAAACAACCUUUACUUCUGGGAAUAAUAGAACUUUUUCUUCCGCAUGAACAGAAUUCUGUUUGCGCGACACAAAAUCGGCCAAAUUGAAUAUUUUGCUUUGUUACCUUCACUUAAAUCUCUUC